CAGUCAGUUGCAGUUCAUUAUAGAUAAUAAACCAUCAAUCGGAUGAGUGCGAAAUGCUGGAUGUCAAAACAUUAAAAACAUAGUUAUUAAUCAAUAGCUCCGGAUUCCCAGGGCUGAGUAGUACAAUUUUGUCUAUAAAAUCAAUAUUUGAAUAUCCAUUUGUUAAAUAAGGCCGACGAUAAUUGUAAUUUUUAAAAUCAUGCCUUAAAGUUGUUACCUCAAUUUAUUGACCAUCCAAUACGUAAAUACACAAUGUCCCGCGGUUUUAAUAACUGGUCCAGACCCAGGGGGUCAAGAGGAAAGCAAUGGGGUGGUCAAAGACAAAGAAUCGUCCCUCCGGGUCUACGAGGUAAAGAAAUUGGAAUGUAUUUUAGAGGACUUCAAGUGAAAAAACAAAAAAAGGAGAUAGUGAUUAACCUAAAAAUACCUAUUAUGAUUUUAACAUCACUGGAAACAAAUCUUAAGGCGAUAGCAAAAAUUGCUGCUCGCCAGAAUAUUUCUUUGCCCCAAAAUAGGAAAUCUGACAGUUUCAAAAAUAAUAUGCAAAUCAAAGAUAUUAAAACUGGAGCAUCUGAUGACGUAAACAUUCAAAAUGAAUCAUCCUCAGAUGAAUAUAAUGAAGAGAAGGAACAAAAAGUGGGAAAUACCUCAAAUAUUUCUUGUGAAGCUGGUCCUUCUACACUUUCUGAUUUUAUUCCAUUGAGUCAGGAAGUAGAAAAUGAUUAUGGUUCUGAACCAAAACUUUGUGCUUUAAGGCUACUAAGCAAUUACAAAUAUGGUUAUAAUGACAUUAUAACUGGAUCGUUUAAUGAUAAACUUGAUGAAUGUCUCGCAAAAGGUGUCAGUAUUAGUUUCGUGAAUUCUGACACUGCGAGACUCAAUACGGCUUUUUUUGAUGAAUAUGAAGACAUGAUACAAAAAACCGAUUAUAAAAAAAUGUUGACGUUCCGUGAGAAAUUACCAACAUAUACCAAAGCAAAGGAUGUAUUGAAUAUAAUCCAAAACAACCAAGUAGUUGUUAUUAGCGGGGAGACAGGUUGCGGGAAGUCAACUCAAGUACCACAAUUAAUAUUAGAUGAAGCAAUAUGUGCCAAAAGAGGAGCCAAUGUGAAAAUUAUGGUUACACAGCCGAGACGCAUAGCUGCGUCGUCAUUAGCUAUCAGAGUUGCCAAAGAAAGAGGCGAGAGCCUCGGUAAUUCAGUAGGUUAUGCAGUAAGAUUAGAAAGGGCCGAGGAGAGAGCUCGUGGAAGUAUUCAAUAUUGUACCACAGGUAUACUUUUAGCUGAAUUAGAAGUAAACCAGGGCUUAUCCGGGUAUAGUCACAUAAUUUUAGAUGAAGUACAUGAAAGAGAUGUACAUGUAGACUUGUCUAUGUGCAUGCUAAAACAAGUUCUAAAAAAGCGUCAAGAUUUAAAACUCAUUCUUAUGAGUGCGACUAUAGACGCCGAAAGUUUGUCGGGCUAUUUUGAUAAUUGCCCUCUAAUGCAUAUAGAAGGGCUAGCGUACCCAGUCCGAGAUGUUUAUUUAGAAGAUAUAUUGGGGUUCACAAAGUUCAGAUUACCACCAGAAAAAGUCAAGCAAACAAAUCCUAAAUGGAAGCAAUACAGAAACAGACAGUGUGAUCAAAUGGAAAAAGAUAUCAAUUACAAAGCUGAAAUUGCUCAAUGGCUAGAAUCAAAAAAGAAAGAUUUGAGCUAUGAUGUCUAUAAAACGCUCCAAGACUCUAGGAUUGAGGAAUUGAAUUUGGAGUUGGUUGUAGAACUUCUGAUUUACAUAUGCAAAGGUAAAGAAGGGGCGAUACUAGUGUUCUUACCAGGAAUUGCUCAAAUCACUAGUCUUAUGAAAUUAAUGGAUGAAAGUAAAUGUUUUCCUCGCUCAUGCUACGAAAUAUAUCCUCUACAUUCAAAGUUGCCCACGUUAGAGCAGCACAAAAUAUUUGAAAAGCCAAGAGGAAAUAUUAGGAAAAUUAUAAUAGCGACAAACAUUGCCGAAACAUCAAUAACGAUUGACGAUAUUGUGUACGUAGUGGAUUGUGGCAAGAUUAAAAUAAAGGGCCUGCACAUUGACCAGAAUAUAACAACUCUCAAUACUGAAUGGGUCUCUCAAGCCAAUCUACGACAAAGACGAGGCCGCGCUGGCAGAUGCCAACCAGGUAUAUGUUAUCAUUUAAUAACAACGUUCCGGGCACAAAAUAUCCCAGAACGACUCCUACCCGAGCUACAGAGGAGCAAUCUCCUGGAGCCGGUACUGAUGAUUAAGAAGCUUCGUCUAGGAUUAGCUGUGGAGGCUCUGAAAUUAGUGCCGUCACCACCAGCCGAAACGACUGUCAAUUGGGCAGUGAAACAUUUGCAAAGUUGCGGUGCUUUAGACGACAAUGAAACGUUGACACCUCUCGGCUGGCAUUUGGCGCGCUUGCCGGUACAUCCGGCUGCGGGCAAACUAUUGCUGUUUGGUGCCCUCUUCGGUUGCCUCGAUCGCGCUGCCAGUAUCGCUGCAGUGUGGGGAUUUAAAGACCCUUUCAUGCUUGUUAUUGGAAAAGAAAGAGAAGUCGAUAUUGUGAAACGAAAUAUGUCUCUGGGGGAACCCAGUGACCAUAUUGCAAUUUCCGAAGCGAUUCUUGAAUGGGAAAACCGCCCUCACUCAUCGAGACGGUCAUUUGCAUAUGAUAAUUAUCUUUCCAACAAUACUCUGCAAUUGCUAUACGAUAUGAAGAAACAGCUGGGUAACGAUCUUCGUCAGAUGGGAUUCCUGCCGUCGGGCAACAUAAGAUCCUCGUGGGAAAAUCGAAAUGCCCAAAACUUGAGUUUAUUUAAAGCUAUAGUUGCUGCGUCUUUAUACCCAAAUAUAGCUCAAGUCAAAUGGUCGAACAGUAGAAAUAUACGCAAGGUGCCUAGAUUCAAAGCAUUCAGUCCAGAAGAUGGAAAGUUAUCGAUACAUCCAAGUAGCGUGAUGGCCGGAGUGAGAGGCGGUGCACCAAUGACGCUAUGUAACAACCCUGGCGCUAACUGGCUUGUCUAUUGGUUGAAGCAACGGACGAGUGACCUCUUCCUUCUGGACGUGACUUUAAUAUACACAUUACCUUUGCUGUUUUUCGGCGAAUUUGCCGUUGAUACAGUCGAUCCCGAAUACUGUCUAAUCGCUAUAUCAACUACCAAAGUCCGUUGUCAGAGAGAAAGUGCUAGUAAACUUUUCGAAUUGCGAAGCUUAUUAGACAACGUACUAGCAUCGAAAAUUACAGAUACAAAUACUCAUUCGAUCCAUAAUAGUGAAUUUGAAAAUCAAAUCCUCAAUACUGUCAUUCAACUAAUUACAGCUGAAGAUGAACAGAUGGAGUACUUAAGUGACGAAAUACCAGAUUCUGACCGUGAAAGUGAAACUGAAGAUAAAUGGUAACAAUGUACCAAUCAAAUAUCAAUAAAACAUUGGUCUUGAAGCGUUUUUUUUAUUUGU